AUGUCUACAGAAGAAGAGCAAACCAACAUCAACGUCAUUGCCGAGUACUUUGCCGAGUACUGGGGCAAAGGCAAUGCGGACAUCGUGGACAAACUCUGCGUGGAUAACUUUGUGAUCAACUACCCCAUGCAUGGCCCCCGACACGGAAAGGAAGCAGCGAAGAAGAUGCUUCGGGAGUUCAAAGAGGCAUUUCCCGACAUCUCGUUCCAUGCCUACCAGCACCCUCUCAUCGCCAGUGGUCCGUACGUCGUUGGCCGAUGGAUUGGUGGAGGAACGCACAAUGGUGUGGCUUUUCAUGACCUGGCGGUCGGUGCACUGGACCAGCCUAACACGGGCAAGAAGAUGUACUUCUCAGGCACGACGAUCUUCACGCUGGAAAAUGGAAAGAUUGUGGACGAGACGGGGGAGGAAGGGGCUCUGACGGCUCUUCAGCAGCUAGGACUUGUUCAGGGACCGAAUUCGGGGAAGGAGAUCAAAUAUCUUCAUGAGUGA